UCAGCACAGUUCCCAGGAAGGUGGUUGUGAUGAAUGUGUGAGAGCCACAUUUUGCUGUGCUAGGAAGUUGUGACCUCUCUGCAUUUUGGCUGGUGUGGAGGUGGUGAACGCGGUGGAGGACGACGCUCUGUGGUUUGAGCUCUGUUCUGUUUUUGUUUUUCUGCCGUGGCCUCAUACCUGACUCACAAACCUAUUGCAGAUCCCUGAGAGCUCCCCCCUCUCUGCCCCCCUCUCCCAGUCCCACACCCGCUUUUCUCUUGCAGCCUCUCUUUGCGGUCAUGACGUCACGCCCCCUCCCAUCCACAGUGAGAAGGAAAACUCGUGGCUGUGCGCAGAGGAGGCCACAGAGAAGCAGAUCAGUGAUCACAGACCGGUUUACUUCAGCUUCACCAUGCUGGACACGCUCACCUUCCUCCUGGAGAAGCUCUUCCUCCUCGCGCACAUCAAGCUCUCCAGCCUGCUGCCUCCUCUGGGCGUAGAGUGCGCAGAACCGCCGCCCACCAGCAAGCGCUGUGACCGGGAAGACUCACCGCCGCUGCCCGCCUCAGCCUCUCACCGGUUCCAGCGGGGAGACCUGCUGGAGGUUCCCCGGACUCUCUUCACUCACUUUGGCAUCUACCUGGGCGACGACCGGGUGGCGCAUCUCAUCCCGGACAUCCUCCCGGCGCUGACCGCCGACAUCCGCCAGAUCGAGGAGAUGGUGACCAACACACGGCUGCUGGUAGGAGUCAUCGCGAAGCGCGCCAGCGUGCGCGUGGACUCUGUGGAGGACUUCGCGUACGGCGCCGGGAUCCUGCUGAACGCCAUGGACCGCUCGGUGCGCAAGAGCCCUCUGGCCGGGGAGGAGGUGGCGCUGCGGGCGGAGCGGCUGGUGGGCACCGUCGCCUACAGCCUGCUAUGGAACAACUGCGAGCACUUCGUCACCUACUGCCGCUACGGCACCGCGCAGAGCCUGCAGACCGACAAGUUUUGCGAGUGGCUGAAGUUGCUGAUCCGGGACCAGCGAAACGCCAUGCUGACAGCACUGCUAGGGCUCCUUUCCAUGGCUUAUAUGGGAAUAUCCGUCAGCACCGCCCUGCCAGCCUUCCUCAUCCCCUUCACCCUGUGGAUGGCGAGCUAAGAGCCGCCUGGAGCUGCACUUACUGUCAGCGUUCAAGCCUUACCGCUAGUUCAGAGCUCACUGAGCCGCCAUAUUGGAAGACCAACAGUGUGAACGCAGUCUUCUGCAAACAUUUUAACUUUUCAAAAAACUUUUUAAAAUUGUACUUCACCAUCUGGUAGCUUUUUUCUGCUGCACAGAAAGUGAUUUGCUUUUUAUUUUUUCAGUUUUUUGUUUGUUUUUUUUAAAAAGAGGAAAAACUGGAGAUGGGUAGUUAACAGAAUUAGCAACAGGCUCAAAAUUCACCAAAACUCAAAAAUGUUGUGUCUCCAACGCAAUUUGGUUGACUAAUGAUGUCUCAAGGUGAAAGGUAGUGCUGGUAAAGGAACCAAAGAUGACUUAUUUAUUUUUCUAUUGAGACCAUGCAUACGGUUCUGAAGGGUUUAUUGACUUGAAAAAAAAAUUAACUCUUUCCAUCUUGACCGUCUUAAAAGUCAGUCGUUUAAUUUCCCUCCGUUUGAAUGUUCCUUUUAGUACUGUAACCAGGUGAAGCUCGUGUGUAAAUGUCUGCAGAUAGUCUACAUGACCUGAUUGUUUCCUAACAGUCACAAGCUUUUGUACAGAAUUAUUUUUUACCUUUGUAACAAUGUGCUGUGUUUUAUAUGUAAAUAAAGGAAAUGGAAGCAAACAUAUCUUGUAUUCCUUAUCAGCCACAUAACCACAUCGUCAAUUCCACCCUUGUUGGAGUCUCCAAGGUUCUU